ACAAAGCGUGCGCCGGCGGACGCACGGAAGUGGUUUUGUCUCCGCUACAACAACACCAGGCAGCAAUAAACUAGAGCUGCGAUGGUUUUUAAAUACAGUUAGCUUGUGUUUCAUUCAUAAUAACACGUUUUAGUCACGUUUUAUCAUUUUGGAAGUGUCCUGAGGCGGUCGAAGGAGAGCUAGCUUACCCGUGCGCACCAUGCCGCCCUACUCAGAGAUGAGAAAAAGCAAUCGCUUCUACUACUUCAUCAAAUUCACCCUAAACAUAUACUCCAUGCUGUUUUCGCUGAUGGGCCUGUGUGUGCUGUGCGUGGGGGUCUAUGCCGAGGUGGAGAGGCAGAAGAACCGGACCCUGGAGGGACUGUUCCUGGCCCCCGCUGUGGUGCUCAUCCUCCUGGGGCUGGUCAUGUUCACCGUGUCUGUGGUGGGCAUGGUGGGAUCUCUGCGUGACAACAAGACCCUGUUGCACAUGUUUCUCUGUGUUCUUUGUGUGCUGCUACUCCUUCAGGCAGUCGCUCUCACUACAGCACUCAUCUUCGAGAAAAAGACAUCUGCCUUGUUUCAAAGCAGUAUACGAGAGGGCAUUAAACACUACUAUGAUGACCUGGACUUCAAAAACAUCCUGGAUUAUGUGCAGCAAAAGUUUUCCUGUUGUGGAGGCGAUGAGUACAAAGACUGGGGAGUCAAUCAGUACCACUUCUGUAAUGGCACCGGUCCACUGGCCUGUGGGGUUCCUUAUACAUGCUGCGUCCGACGGAAAGUGGGAGAGGUUAUCAACACACUUUGUGGAUACAGGACACUGGAUCAACAGAGGGAGACCCUACAUGAGGUGAUCCAUGUGCGCGGCUGUAUCCACGCGGUCAACUUGUGGAUGAGUGACAACAUUGGCAUCACCAUCGCCCUGUGCUGCGCAAUUGGACUGCCUCAGCUCCUGGGCAUCAUCCUGAGCUGUGUCUUCUGGAACCUCCUGGUGGACAUGAGCCAGUCUGCCGACAUGGUGGACUUCAAGCUCAAGAAAUCCGAGUUCAAAUACAGUGAGCUGGACCUGGCUGGCGCGGGAUGGUGCAUGUGCCUGCCCCGAGAUGAAGGGUACCUGCCUGUGCCUGCCGCCGAACCCGAGCUGGACCCCAUCGACAUCCACCUGGAGAAGCUCAAGAAACAGCAGCCUCGCACCCACUCCCAACUCCGUGAAAUGCAGCGUUCGGCGUCAGGGCUGGACGAGGUGGACAAGGGUCGCAAACAAAAACGAGAACACUGAAGAGCAAAAAACACCACAGAGAUUUUUGGAAACACGAAAUCUUGAGAAUUUAUAUCUCAGUCCACACAUUUGAUCCCCGUAGGUUGUGUUCACAUUAUAGAAUUUGAUGAUGUCAUAAUUUCAGAUGGAGGGCAAGGGUUUGUAUAACUCUGUAGGAGAUUAUGUUUACAUGUUUGAAAGAAAUAUCCAAACUUUUUUCACCUCAUCAUUAUUUGUUAGAGAUUGGCUUCAUCAUUCACAAUCUUAUGGCUGAAUAAUGUCACCACUUUCUCAAUGCACUGUGUAAUAAUGAUUUCACUUUUGUUUAUUUAUGCUGACAGAGAAGAUGGUGAACUUUGUGACAGUUUUUAGGCCCAGUUAUUACAGAGAUAUUAACCAUAAACCAGGUGAACAAAUUUGUAGAGCAAAGGAGAAAUUAAAUUCUGUCAGCUGGACAAAAGUUUUUUGAUCGAAUACGAAGAUGAACUGAUGAUGCAGCUUGGAUUCCAUUUUGUCCAGUUGACAGCAUUGAAUUUCUCCCUUGCUAUGGAUCCAUCCUGGACAGCUGAGACUAAACUGCAAUUUACACCUUAGAAUUCUAACCUGCCUCCCUGCUCAAUUUUUUUUUUCAGUGGAAAAAACACACAAUAUGUACAACAAAAACAGCCUGUACAGCAAUGUCCAGAGAGUUCAAAUGAGGAAAAAUCAGUCCUUUGAAGUUUGAGGUUGAAUUCUCUGUUUCAUAUGAUUCAUAAAGGGUCCUCACAUUUUCAUAAACGUAUCUCACUGAUCUGACAGUUUGUACAGAAUAUCGUUUAACUAUUUAUGGAAACAGGGAGGCGUUCCCUUACAAUAGUCCUUUCAGUGAUGAUGUCAGAGUUUGAUCCAAAUAACUAGUCACCAUGAAACAACAGGCAGUAAGUAUACUUUUCUUGUAUAUGAUAGUGUAUAAAUGAAAAAUCUCAGACCAAAAGUUUUUGAGUACAGGACACAUAAAAAAUAAAUGACCUACAGAACCAUUAUUCACUUUACACCUGUCGCACUGUGGUGAAAUAGAAGGGAAAAAUCCUCUGUACAUUUCCAUCUUAUUAAUUGGAAAAACUGCCCCCAUGUGGGAAUAUGACAUCAUCACAUUCUUGAAUCUGAAAACCACUAAAUAUAUUAUCAGAAGUCAAUAACAAUAUGUCAAGGAGCUGUAAAACCUUAGAGAUGAAGUAUGAAUUGAUAAAAAUUCUAAUUUCACCCUUUUUGCCUUUUGGUUUUGGCCUUUUGUCACUGUAAUCAUGUGUUGAAGUUGUGUUGCACUAUAUAGGUCUAUGAAGUUUGAGAUAAUCUAGUUGGCUAUUGGGAUCCAGUGUGGCACUUUGUAUAGACAUGUUUACGAGAUUUUAGUGUUUAUUUUGUCUUGUGAUGGUUGAUAUGGAUUCAUCUCUGGUAUUUUAUCAUUUUGUAUUUUUUGACCCUUAAAUUGAAGCUCAUGUCUCAUGUGCUAAAGCUUACCUCAGGCUGUUUUGAUGGCCCACUAGUAAGAGGAGAUUUGCUGUAUAAAUUAAAAGUAGCUUGAAAAGUUUUCCAGUGGUUGAAAAAAUAGUGACUAGUGAAGGACGUGUACAGUUUGUGGAUUUUUAUUUUCUUGUUUUAAUAUGAUUUUGUGUAGGGAUGCAGCUAUGUUGAUAUAAUAAGAAAUAUGUUGGACUCAUUUGUAUGGCCUCAAUGGUUCAAUAUGCGUACAUGAUUUGAAUAAGCUACAAUGUUCUCUUCAAUUUAAAGAUGCAUUGUGUAACUUUUCUGGUGGAGGGUCUGACAAAUUCUUUUCUCCAUGGAGAUGUUACUGCUUCAUCUGAAAUGUUUCACAGUAUGGCAUUAAACCUUUCUAUCUUCAUGGAGACCAAACCAGUCAAUUUACAGGUCUGUGGAGAGGCGACCCCGCUUACAGUCAGAAUAGCUGUUUUUCCAGGUAUUUUUGAGCAAUAAAACCAUCUGUAAUUCAAUAAAUGUCAAGUCAAACUUUUUAAUGUCAUACUGUGGAACAUUCCAGGCAGAGCAAUGACAUAUCCAUAGAAACAAGUAGGUGACGGACCCUCAGUCAAAAAGUUACAUAGUGCAUCUUAAAGCUUUUUAUGUAUUUGUCAUUCCAUGCUCAGGGAAAAAGAAACCAUGAUCUCUAAGUUGAUAUUUAACACUGCAUUUGAAAUACUGAUUAUUGCUUUUUGCUCAGGCCUAAAUCCUUAUUUUUUGUCAUGCCAAUUAAUUAAUUUAAUGACCCACUGUGGUUUGUGUACACAUUUGAAUUUGCUAUUAUGUUGCUCUUUCUGAAACACUAAACAAACCAUUCACACAGCAACAGAAUUUUACACUGGAUGCCCAUCUAUUCACGACGAGCCACACUAAUGUGACUGGAGUGGGUCUUGUACCAAAUAAGUGAACAAAAAAAAUGAGCCAAAACCAAAUGCAUAUUGAACCAUAAGGCUCUAGCUGUUUUGUUGCAUCUCAGACUUUGUGCAUACGGUGUACAUUGUAAGACUGAUAGUUGUGGACAAACAUGGGAUGCAUGUUUUGUACUGUACAUGAUAUGAUAAAGUUUACAUGUGUAGGCUGUUCUCGUGGAAGGGUGCUUCAGUGGACACUUGUGAUUCCUUCCAUGGUGACCUCAUAGGAACAGAGGCGGUGAGGAGAGCCAACUGGCCUUUGAGUGAACACAAAGCAAUGAUGGUUUUAUACCUGAGUUCUGCACAGUACGAGCUUCCCCCGGCUCCUGCCUUUAUCAGCACUACUCUACUACUGUCAAUAAAGCUGACUUUGUUUUUACGGA